AUGGCUUCCUCUGCUCUUUCUCCUGCAACUCCUUCACAGCUAUGCUCCAGAAAGUGUGGUAGGUUUUCUUCAUCAAGGGCACUUCUUGGGAAGCCAACAAGGACCCAUAUGAUUAGAAAAGACAGGGGAAUGAAAAUCAAGUGUCAGGCUACUAGCAUUCCUGCUAAUAAAGUGCCAGAUAUGGGCAAAAGGCAGCUCAUGAAUUUGCUUCUGUUGGGUGCUGUUUCACUUCCGACUGGAUUUAUGUUGGUUCCUUAUGCCGCCUUCUUUGCCCCACCUGGGCUAGGAGGUGCCGGUGGCGGUACCACUGCCAAAGAUGCCAAAGGCAAUGAUGUCAUUGCACAAGGAUUGAAAGGAGAUCCAACUUACCUUGUUGUGGAAAAGGAUCGAACACUUGCAUCAUUCGGAAUAAAUGCAGUGUGCACUCAUCUUGGGUGUGUUGUGCCAUGGAAUCAAGCUGAGAAGAAGUUCAUCUGCCCUUGUCAUGGCUCUCAGUACAAUGACCAAGGAAGAGUUGUGAGAGGACCUGCUCCAUUGAUAAUUGCCAUGGCUCAUGCCAAUGUGGAAGACGGCAAGGUAGUGUUUGUUCCAUGGACUGAGACCGAUUUCAGAACUGGUGACGCACCAUGGUGGGCAUAAACUUCUUUCAGAGAUUAUAAACAGACUAUAUAAGAUACCUGA